AUGGGCCUCAGUUACAAUUGCUGGUGUUGGGCCGCUGAUUUAAUGGGUCGGUUGCUAGGCCCACAUGCCUUCGACGCAAUGGUUUCGGCCAAGUCCGGCAGAAAUGAAGUGAUUUGCAGACUCUCCGCGUGGCACAGACACCACCUCAGAGGCCACCAUCCACCCCGUCAGCGAGCAACGCAGAUUGGAUGGCAGACUACACUUCACGUUGUCCUCUUUCGUUCCAACCUCGAGACGGACAGACCAGCUGAUGCCUGCCGAGGGGCGGCUGGCAACAGCUUCUCCGAAUGGGACGUCACAUGCGGCCGCCCCACCCUCUCCGAUUGGUGCCGAUCCGUGCCACCCUCCCGGUCGCGUCGAUCGGGUGAGAAAUUCCGGCGCUCCGGUUGGCAUUCCAGAAGGACGACUGCAACAGGAAAGCAUUCUGGAGGGGACGCGACGGUUGAUGAGGUCGACUGA